AUGAGUGACAUACAGCCUCUUGAACUUCAUGCGAUCAUUGGAUUUGCAGGUAGGUAGAAAUUAAAGAUGUAAGUUGUAGCCGCUGAUUGCGUUCGUCCUGCAAUGUACUUGUGCCUUUCAUGGUUACGUCGGUUAAUUCUGAUCGAUCAGUACAGAACUCUUAAUGAAUCGUUUCUGUACACAUUGGAAUAUGAAUUGACGAGUAGGAUCAUUUUUACAGGCGAAGUACCAGAUGGUUUGCUUGUAAACAGUGACAGAGAGCACCUUAUUUAUCCCGUUGGAAACACUAUCGUCGUUGAAGAAAUUAAGGAAGAUAACGGAGGAAGAAAAGCAGCGCCCAGAAAGGGCAAAGGUGGUGGUAAAUGCACUCCUGAAGAUCCUACUUUGCCUCAGGAACUUCUUUCAGGCCACAAUGGUGCUGUUUCCUGUUUAGCUGUUUCUAAAAGUGGAAAAUAUCUAGCCUCAGGUGAAAAGACUCACAUGGGAUUUAAGGCUGUUAUUAUUAUCUGGGAUUUUGAGAGGAGAUCGAUAUUGCAUAAUAUUGCCACUGUGCACAAGGUUAAAGUGGAGGCAUUGGCCUUUUCACCAAAUGACAAAUACUUAGUAUCUCUUGGAGGGCAGGAUGAUGGAAAGUAAGUAUAUUUGAAGACCUUUAAAAAAGCCCUAGAACACAGUUUGAUGCUUGUUAUGUAUUUGUCAGGCAUCAGUGUAUGAUUAACCAUUUAAUUUAGUCAAACUGUGGCUAUAUACAGUCUCAGACAAAAAUAAUUGGGACUCUUCCAUGCUGUUUUUGCAAUACUUCUGGCCCAUCUCCUUGUCCUCCCAAUGUUGUUUACUGCAGUUUCCCAAAUCUUACACACCAACAUUGGGAGGGCAAGAAGAAGGUGAAGGUACAGCAGUGCUACCUGAUUAAUACAGACACAAAAGGUUCAUGCCAUAUGUCUGCAUUAUCCAGGUGACUGAUACAGUGUAAGUCACAUCAGUAGAGCAUGUAUAAAUUUUUAUUUUGAGAGCGACGGUCAGGAAAAAUUGACCAAAAUCUUAAUUUUGUGGCAAGAGUUGGAAAAUCAAUUUCUUUCAUUUUUUGUUCAUAGAUAGCUGUUAGGUAGAUAAGAAACCUAAUGUAGGUUGUUCCUGCCAAACGCCUUUUAUUUACGAGAAAAAUUAGAAGUUCGGUUUUUGAUGUCGGAGUCUCAGACUGCCCUAAAUUUUAACCUGAAAUUCGCUAACAUCAACUUUCUUCGCGUUCGCAAACAAAGCCGCAGGAGAAAUUUGGACACUUUCAAUGAACAGAAAAAUUCUUCUUCUUCCACUAAAAGAUACUUUCAGGGCAAUAGCGAAGCUCGUCGUCUUGAAAUAAUUAAAAAAUGAGGGGUGGGUUUUCAGGAUGACAAAAACUUAAGUCCAUUACUUAUUUUCGACAGCAAUAUUUAACAUGUGGUAUAACUCCAAAUUCUCUUCAUGCUAUUUAAAUCACACAUUUAGACAUUCGUUUAAAACAUACCUGGGAAUUGGCUUGGGUUAUUAAAGGAAAUCUCUGUAAGACACCAUCGAAGUUCAGGAAUUUUCAUUGUAGGCCGGCGGUAAUUGUGUAAACACUUCCAAUUUCGAAACGCACAAAAGUAGAUAUUUACAGCCUAAAGGCUCUUUUUUCGUACUUCUUGUAGGUUUUCCCAUUGCAAAGUUGCUUUUUUCAACCAAAGAGUGGGGUAAAAAGGUGAAACUGGGUCAAUUUUAGCCACUUUGAAACACUGAACUCUACCAGCCAGCAACUCUGCGUGACUAUCUGUUCCAUGACUGCACGUGACAUAACAUACAUUUGAAGAGACGGAGCCGUCAAAAUGACAGUCACGGAAUCAAGGUAGUAACGCAACGCAAUUCUUGAAAGAGUAUUAAACGUUUUCGAUGCCGACAGUCAGUUUUGAAGAACAAAAAAUCAAACGCACUAGUUUUCUGGUACUCACUUUUUAUCGAAAAAUAAGGACUUAAAGAAUGGUAAUUCGCUAAGGAUGAGGGAACAGGGAGAUAUUUCUUCUUGUUACUUUACGAUCGAGGAAAUUUGGUGCCGUUAAAUAAGUUAUUUUGGUCACGCUUCACUAUAUUUACCGGACUUCGAUGCUUUCGUUUGGAGGCUGCCUUCAGGAACCCAAGCCAAUUCUCAGGUAUGUUUUAGAUGAAUGUCUAAAUGUGUGAAUAAACGAGGACUGGGAAAAUUUGGAGCUAUAUAUACCACAGGAAGAAUAAUGCCGCAGAAAACAACUACUAAAUUAAAGUUUUUGUCACCGUAAAAACCUGUUCUUCGUUUUUGAAUUAUGUCAGUUCAACGAGUCUUGAUAUUGCUUUGAAAGUAUCUUCUAGUGAAAGAAGAAGAGUUGUUCUGUUCAUGGAAAGUGUCCAAAUUUCUCCUUGCGCCUAAAUUUGCGAACACGAGGAGAGUUGAUGUUAACAAAUUUCGGGUUGAAAAUACGGCCAUUUUCAGACUCCGACCACAAAAACUAAUAUUCUUACUUUUCUCGAAAAUAAAAGGCUUUUUGCGAGAACAACUUACAUCAGAUUACUUAUCUACCUAAAAGCUAUUUAUGGACAAAAAAUGAAGGAAAUAGAUUUUUCAACUCUUGCCACUUGAUGGUCGAUAUUUCCUGACCGUUGCUCUUAAUAUGCAAAUAUUUUUUGUCAUAAUUAAUGAAAUAAUUUCAUGUGCAAUUAGUUUUGGGUACACUGUAUUCUGGUCAGUUUAUAGCCUUUGCUAUUCCCAAGUAACUAAAUUGUUGCAAAUUUUACUACCAUUGAUAGAGGACAGGUACAGGCUGUAUGUCAAUAAGUUGCAAUUGUGUAUGCAGUGAAAACACGAAUUGCCUUUGUAGAUUUGGAAUUAAGUACAAAAGUUGCUUGGUUUCUUUCAAAUCGUGGACUAUUAGAAAAAAACAGAUUUGGUCCUUAGUGGACAUGGUUGUAUAGUAGUACCAAAUUCUUCCUGAAUGUGGAAAGGUUCCUUUAAAUAACAGCUUUGUAAGAUACGUGUCACAGGAAAAAAUAACUGAUUCCCAAUAUUGGAUAUUUUUAGGAUAGUUAAAGAAAUCCCACAAAAAUCCCAAAUUUGGCAAAGUGAGACAAGUCCCAACCAGGGAAUUCCCAACCAAGUUCCCUGAUUGGGACUUGUCUUACUCUUCCAAAUUUGGGAUUUUUGUGGUAUUCUUUAAAUACCCUAAAAUAUCUAAAAAUGGGAAUCUGUUAUUCUUUCCUGUGUGUUACUGUUUGUGUACAUCUGCUUGUGUAUAACGUAAUGACAGUCAUUACUUUGUUCUUUAUCUUCACAGCAUCGUGGUGUGGGAUGUAAAAUCAGGGGAGGCAAUUUGUGGAAGCCCCGCAGGAACACCAAGUGCUGGAACUACAUUUGCAGUGGUUUAUGCUAACUUGAAUGAUAAGAAGUUUGUCACUGGUGGAGAGUAUGUCUACUGUCUUGUUUAUACAAGUUAUGUUGUUCUGAGUGUCUAAUUAGACAGACAUUUAAUUUUUCUAACUUCUGCUACAGUGUACAUGCACACAUUUAUGCCAGCAGGAUUUUGUAAAUUUCAAUCUACAAUAAUUUUAUUUUCUUGUUUUACUGUAGUAACACCUUGAGAGUCUGGGAUUUAGAUGUGGAAAAUCGCAAGAUACGCCCUCGUGAUGUUGUAUUGGGAAAAGCUAAACGGACCGUAAAGUGCAUUCAGGUAUACCAAGCCAUUUAUAUUAUUAAACAGGGCUCAAAAUUAAAAAAAUCCUCUGGUCGCCUUUUGGCGACCAACUAGGGAUUUUCGCGGGAAAAAAGUCAAAAUUCGCUUCAAAAUCGGCCGAUUUCGCGGGAAAAAAGUCAAAAUUUGGGGAAAAAUCGGCCGGUUUCGCGGGAUUUUAGCGGAAAAAAGUCAAAUUUCGAAGGAUUUUCAGGGCCAAAUUCUUAGAAAAAUCGGCCGAUUUCACGGGAAAUUUUGGAGGGAAACUCCGCCAAGAAACAAUCAGUAAAAAACAGCCGAUUUCGCUGGAUUUUUUUGGCAAAUUUCGCUAAAUUCGAUCAAUUUUGCGUCGAUAUAACCAGCGUUGUUCCACGUUUUUUUAACAAGGAUAAUCAUUUGCUCUUUCAACAACAGUUCGCUCGAGAAAUGAGCGAAUGCUAAAGCCAUUAACAUUAUGGUUAGUGCCCAGUUUUUUGCAACGUUCAUCUAAAACCGCCUGCUAGUCUUGGGACGUUGUUUACUCGUUGACGUGACGAAGGUUCAAGAUAAAAAUUUGGACGUUUGGGAUGAAUAAAACAGGUCUAAUAGCCAAGAUAAGUAUUAAAUAUGUUUUGCCGACAUCUAUUUGGAAAUAUUUCUGGCGGAUUUCGUGGUAUUUUGCUUUUUUGUGGGAAUUUUGCGGGAUUUCGCGGAAAUACCUGAAUUUCGCGGGUCCGCGACCGCACGAAAUAUCAGAAGCCCUGCAGUUCGUAUAAUGUAAAUGACGCAGCUCAUAGUCAGGGCUUCUGAUAUUUUGCGCCGUCGAAAAUCUUAUCAAAUACAUGUCUGUACAACAUAUUUGAAACUUUUCUCAGCUAUUGGGGCUAUUUACUUGCCGUAAACUUGUAAAUUUAUCUUGAAACUUCGUCACUGAAAUGUGCAAACAACGUCCCGUAACUCCGAAACUUCCAGGCGUGAUUAUGUUGCGAAAAACUGGGCACUAGCCAUGAUGUUAACGGCUUUGCCAUUGGUUCAGUUCUGGAGCGUAUUGUUGUUGAAAGAGCAAAUGAUGACUCUGUUAGAAAAACAUUAAAAACGCUGGUCUGGUCAGCGCAAAAACCGAUGGAUCUCUGACGAAGUUUUCCUGGAAAAUAACCACAAAAUCGGCCUUUUUUGACCGACUGAUUUUCAGCUAAGUUUGCAGCGAAAAUUCCUGUGAAAUCGGUCGAGUUUUCAGCGAAUUUGCCCCUAAAAAUCCUGCGAAAUUUGACUUUUUUUAAGCGACCUAUCAGAAGCCCUGCAUAGUAUGGUGCGAUCCAUCAGAUUUGACAAUAUCGUGGACAGAAGUCGGUAUAAAUUUGGAGGUAAACUGGCUUUAUUUAUGCGAUUUGGCACAUGUUUUAUGAUGAAAGCAAAGCAGGAUAAGAUGAAAUGUUUGUUUUAACUUUAUUCUUUUAUUUUAAAUCUAAAUCAUAGAGAAAUCUGGUUGCCACUUUGGCGAUUAAACUUGAAUUUUUAGUCGCCAAGGGGAAAAUGUUAGUCGCAUUGGCGACCGUAUCAAUCGCAAUUUUGAGCCCUGAUUAAUAAGAAAAUUAUAAAGUCAGCUUAUCUCUGUGGUGCAAAUUUAGCCGAAAGUUAAAAGUUGUGUUAUUGCUCAACUAUAUUGGGCAAUAGCUAAUUUUUAUUAUUGUCUGUUUUUUCUAAAUACAUGUAGAUGGCCAAGGAUGACAGUGUCUUUUACUGUGGAACAACUACUGGGGAUAUUCUUGAGGUAAUUAUAUAAAACUCUUUUAGUUCAAAUUGUACUUCUUUAAUUGUAACAUAUUGUAGCAUAUUACAAUGUUGUGAUAUGAAAAAGAUGAACACGGGCAAGCUUCCGAUAGGUCAAAGUCAUAGAAAAAACUCAAAUUUUGCAGAAUUUUCAGAGACAAAUUCGUGGAUUUAUGCAGGAAUUUUAGGGGCAAACUUCGCCGAAAGACAAUCGGUAAAAAACGGCCAAUUUUGUUGGAAGGUUCUGGGCAAAUCACAGUACCUUGUGUCGCAGUGGCGCAAUUGGCUAAUCCCUCAAUUUAGAGUCUUAGCUGAUCUGACAGGUCACACGUAAGCUGGUUCAAACCCUGGGCAAGCCAGAAAUAAUAAUCAUUUCUUCUUUAUAAAUUUUUUCUUCCAAAAGAAAUAUAUUUCUUCCUCAUAAUUUUUUCUUUCCCCUGAAAGAACAAAUCAAAAGAACUUGAAGAUAUCUCGAACUAAUUCCAAAGCAACUUUUGGACCUCCGGAUGCAACUUUGAAACAUUCCUGAGCUGUGUGAAUACUUUACUGUGCGCUUCCGCUGAUUAAGUAAUUAACGUGAACUGCAUAUUGAUGACCAAAAAUGAUAAUUAGACACCUGGGCAUCUACUUAAUUUCAGGUAUCUAGGAGAGGGUGUUAAAUUGAUGAAAGGCAUUUAAAAGAGAGAGGUGUCUAUUUUCAUAAUUAACUGAUUAAGUUAAGGUCGAAACCAACCAAUUUGACCUCUAAAAACGCGCAGUAACCCCUACUUUUUAUCUCACCAAAUGAAAGUAAUAAGCCUACUCAGCAAAGGAUCAAUUUUUGGUUCGGGGAAAAUGUUGUGUAACUAAACGUGUAGAGGGGUACAACUGCUGAUAACUUCCCAGUUGUGCUGAUAUUUCAAAAAAAUACGUAUAAAGAGCAGUUGUUAUGUUAUCAUUUGUUGCUUAUUUUGAAACCUUGUUGCAAUUAUCAUUGCACUUGUGCCAGUUUACGUGUACACUCUGAAAUUUGGGGAAAAAAAUAACUUUUUAUCAUUUUUCUAAAAAAUGCCUAUUCAGCGUUUUUCCCCAUAUGAUAUUGGACGCAGUUAUCUCUGAAAAAUGAGCGGUUACCCCCAGUUUUCUUUUUGGAUUUCAAUAGCUGCUGAUAUGAUCUACUUGUCUCACAUUCCAGUCCUGCCGAGCUUAGACACGACUGACUGAAGAGGGACUGCUGGCAGUCUAAUUAGUGGGCACCAUCCUCAAUUAUCAGACAAGAGGCCUGGGUGUCUAUGUAGAUCAUUUAUGCAGUAUAUACAAUGUUAUUAUCAUUAUUAUUAAAUUAUCAUGAUCAUCUCUCAGACCCUUGACAUUUCACUCUCAAUUUUGUACUCUUUUUACUCUCUAGCACUCUUGACUCACAACAAUUGACCCAAACUCAGCUAAAAAUUUGUUAAUAUUCACCUAGUGUACAAGGGAUGAAGAGUGUUCUAUGAACUUUUAAUUUAAAACAUCAUCAAGAACCCUUCAAAUAAACUGGUGGAGGGGAAUCAGACUCAGACAAAUAUUUAACUAUCAUCUGCUGAUUUUCAUUUCAGGUCAUUGAGAAGAAUUGCUUAUUGCUUGAUUACGGCCCCAAAGACAAUGACCUUCUGGGCUGCGGAGUGCUUGCCAUCCGUAUCCUAAAGACUGGUGAAUUUUUAGUUGGUGCUGGUGACGGAACUGUUGCCAUCAUAAAAAAAGAGAAAGAAAAAUUCAAGAAAACUCAGUGAGUCUUGCCUUAAUUACUGUAUGGUUAAUAAUGGUAAUUGAACUGAGUGGAGUGCAAUUUGGUCUGAAAUCAUACGCGUGAUUUCAAAAUUGAACGAGCGCGCAGCGCGAAUUCGAUUUGAAAUCACAAGGUUUCAGACCAAAAUAAAAUUACCACUAAAAUUUAGUCAGUACUAAUAUUUUAUUGAUCAAGUAUUUGUUAAAAAGCGAAACAAAAAGGUUUUACAUCUCAUUUUGUCUUCGAAACAGAAAUAAUGCGAUAUAGAACAAAAAUGGUGCGAAUGGAAACAUGAAUGACAUUUGGAACAGAUCCAAAAAAUGGUGCGAUUUAGGAAUAAAUCACACUGCUGAGAGCCAAUCAGAUUGCACAGAUAGCCAGUGAUUUCAAAGUGGAUGUAAUAAGGUAUUAAAUAAUUUAAGAUAUGAUGGUUAUGGUUGUGUGCAAGAAUUAAUGGAAAGUCAAGAAUCCAAUCAAGAGUAGCACAUGUACUGGUUGAUGUUCUAAAUGUACAUGCAGUAUUCUGUAUUACAUGUAUUAGUUAUUUGGGUGUGGGUGGCUGGGCAAUGGUGAGGUGAAUCCUAAGGUUUGAUUGGUCACCUGAGUGGGCAAGGUGUGCUUGGGAAUUUGCAUGUUGGUCCCUUUCAUUAUAAAGUCCUUUAAUUGGACAUAUUUAAUUUUAAUUUUGAUCAAGAUGGGUGGAUAUUGGCCUCUUUCUGUUUUUUUUUCAGGGGCACCCAACGACAAUUUUCGGAAAAAUAUCUGUUCGGAAGACGAUUUGAGAUCUAGAAUUUUCGGAACAUUUGUUGUAAAAUUUCUCGCUUGCCUGCUUCUCCUAGGAUUUUCGAACAUCUAAAAUAUGGUAUAAUUGCCUAUUUUUAACGGAUUUUUACCCUAAAAAGGUCACCUAGAAUUUUCGGGAGCCUUUUUUCUGGCUGAAAUUUUCGAAAAGGUAAGUUUUGAUCCCUAUAAUUUUCGGAUCACUAAACUUUCAACCAGGAAACCCGAACAGAUGAAAAAUUUCUAGGGGAUAAAAAUAUGCCUAUAUCUACCGUUUAAAUACCAAAAUACGUUUAACAAUGCUAUGUUUUAGUGGUUUUGAACUAUAUUCUCAUUGGGUGCCCCUGUUUUUUUAGGUUUUUGCUGACCUAUACUUUGUCUCUUCAAUUAAUAAAAGUGAGAAAAAGAAAUUGGCCUACCAUAAAUCCUCUGUAUUAAGCCGCCCUAUCAAGUAAGCCUCCCUCUAAUAUGCCCCUUCUUUUCAGGGGAAGAAUUAUUUGACAGUUUAUAGAAUGAAUGAGACUGAGUAUCUUAUGAAGAAUUAUGGAGAUCGAGGAGGGUGUUAUCUGUCGAGGCCAUGGGCCGAGGCGGAUAACACUCUAUGAGAUCUCCAUAAUUCUUCAUAUGAUACGAAAGCCGAAUGCAAUAACUGUUUUAUUAUAGAUUCAAAAUAAUUCCUAGUUUAAAAACAUACUAGCUAAAACAAUGCUUACCUCCAUCAAUGUUAAGAUCAUCUUUUAUAGUUCACGUUUAGGGUUGUUCAGCUCCGCAGAUGUCGCCCUUCGAGUUGUCUUCUUGCUGUUCUUGCCAUUUUUUUAGCUGUUAUUUCGCCUAGUUCUUACUGUUGAAACGAGUGAAAUGUCCGCCAUUUUUGUUUUCACAACCAAAACAACUCAACAUCGUCCCCAGGUCUUCUCGGUUAACGCUAAAUUAACCUACAGCUAUGCUGCACUUUUGACGUCAUCGGUUAAUUAAUCGCAAAAUUCUUCCAAAUUUGGUCAUCAGUAGGUAGGGGUUUAAACCGACGACCGACGAAACGCGUCGGCUACAUUUGUACUUUGCUCAGAGCCGUCGCCUACUUUUUUCCCCGAAAAAGAAGCAAUUAGCUUUAAUCAAAGGGUGGAUUAUUAAUUACUGUAUUUUAGAAAUGGAAGCUGAUAAUGAACUUGCAAUUAGUCUACCGGUAUAUUUUAGAUCUGUCAAAAAAAUGAAAAUAUGUUUUACGAGAAAACAACAAAAAAACAAAGGCCCCCCUCCCCCCCUUAAAAAAGAAAAAAAGUUUGGAGAGUCGAACUCCGGAUCCCCGACGUGGAAGGUGAACGCGUUAUUUAUUGCGCCACAACACAACACUCGACCGGCCGCUCGAUGCUGUUUAAAGCUGGCAAAGCCUUAUUUAUGAAGAACUGAAAGAUAUAUUCGAGGAAAACAAGCAGGGUUUUGUCAGUUAAAGCCGCACUUUAACUCAUUUUGUCGCAUUUCAAGAACAUAUGGCCGCCAAGUGUCUCGCAAAACCGUCGUCAAGUCUCUUUCAGCUUUCGAUUCUCGGCGUUUACAUGAGGAGAAACAAUUACGAUUCAGCGAUAGUAAGCAUUUCCGUUUUUAAUGAACAAACAAACAUUUUAGUGCAGAAUCAUAUUCACUAAAAACCAUGAGAUUGGGAGUCUUGUCGUGAGAAAAGUUAAAAAAUCGUGCGACUCACGACAGAAUCGUGAGCUUGGACCAGCUUGGAAGACGAGCCAAAAAGCUUCAAAAGACCAUAAACUUCUGUAUCAAAGUUGGCCAUAGUGCUAAUUUGAAACAUUCAAAGUCCACAUUGAAGACAAUCGUCCUGUGACUCCUGUGAAAUGUACAAAAUCAGCCCAUCGCGGAACGGGAACGAUCUACGACAGUUGUCGUUUUGAUAUCGGGCGCUUUCGUGCGGAGCCGACUGAUUUACGAAAGGUGUCUACAUCUGAGUGACACAUUUGCAUAUCGCAGUGCCCACAAUAACUUGCUCCUUACGCUACGCGUAAUCCACAAGUUAACAAGAUAAAAAUGUCGUGAACGAAAGAUAUAUCGUUAAAUCUGAAUUAAAACGUAAGUUAAUUAUGAUGUGCUUUCAAGGUCCAACUAAUGUUAUGCUUUAGUUACCCCUGAAGCGCUUCUGGUUACACAAACGCUGUAUUUCAGUCAAUUUUUCCCACGUUUCUUUGUAGGUUUACGCAGAAUUUGUUUAUGUGCAAACGUACUUAAUUUUGAAUAUCGACAUUUGUUUAAUGCUUGUAAGAAUUGAUUGUGUGGUUAUGAAACCUGAGUGAAGCUAUAUUCUCUGGAAUGAACAACACGCUCUUCUGUUCUCAAUUUAGUCCCCGGAAUACUGGAAAUCGCAUUUUAGGGCUUUGAAAUUCCAAAAGUUUCUGAGGGAGCACGCCAGUCCCCAAGUCCCCUCCAGAAGAAGGGGACUAACUGCCCCUUGUUAAUACAGUCACUUAGUCUAUUCAAACCUGCCGGCUAUUUCAAUUAUUAUUGAAACCCCUGAAUAGGUGGUUUGGUGAAUUAUGCGUGUGCUUUUAGCCAAUAAGAAAUGGAUAAAUAUUUUGAGCAAAUAAUAAACAAUUAUUCCUCAAGCGCGAAUGGGCUCUGAGUCAAUGGCCCAUGAGGCCGAAGACCAAAUGGGCUAUUGACUCAGAGGCAUGAGGGCGAGAGGAAUAAUUGUUUUAGUAAAAUCCAACUAGUUGGUCAAAAAUAUCGAGACAAAACAACUUUAGCUAGUUAAAGCUAGACUUUAAGCCUUUUUUACCGCCAAAAAGCGUGCGCUUUGCGCUCCUAGUGGGCUAUAACAUAUAGCCUAGUAGUAACUCAACAAAUCAGAACGCAGCAUUGAUAAUAGACCUCUAGUUGGAUUUUACUAAUGAGUGUUAUACUGUAGGGGAUUACAUUGUAUUAAUAGAUUCUCUUUGAACAGGUCAAUCAAAUUGGACAGUGGAGUCUCAUCAAUAGCAUUGCGAGGAGAAGGACAUCAGGUGACUUCAAAAUGCUUUACUGUUAAAUCAACUAUUAACUUUCGGGUUUAUGGUAAGACCAAACUGGUACAUGGUAGAAAAAAAAAAGGUGAUGUUACAGACUUUUAUUUUCAACUUGCUGUUUCUUGUAGGCCAGCUUUUACUUUGACGGGUGUGGGAAUUUGCUUUUAGUAUUUUGGCAUCGAAGUACGAUUUCUUUGGGAGUUUAUUAGAAAAGCCAAAAAUAACUUUUAGGGAGCCAAAAGCUGAAACUUUAGGAGGCAAUUGCUGCAUGGGUGACAAAUCUCUCCUUCAUUUUGGCACAAAAUUUCAGCAUUAAUUUCACAUGUGAAAUUACAAUAUUGCUAUGGCAAUGUUUGUUCCACCUUCAUGUCUCAGUACCAAGAUGGUGUAAAGGUUUUAAAGCUGUUAUGAGUGAAGAUGUAAGGGGAUUAAAAGGCACUUUAGAGAAAUACAUGUAAACUUAAAACACACAAAAGAGCACAGCAAGAAGGAUUCUAUCAGGUAUUAAAUUGUUAAUUGUCGAAAAAUUCUGAAAAUUCUGAUCUUAAGUCAAAAUUUAAGCUCAAAACUUUUCAGUGCAUGAUGUUCUUGAUCGAUACAAUAAACAUGUCAAAAAACCAAAAUGUGAGCAUAAUUUAUCACUCAUGAUGUAGUUAUGUAAUGAAAUGGUAUUCCCUUGAAUUUAGGGAAUGAUUUCACUUGCAUUUUGCCCUGAGAACCCUCACCCAAAGGAAUUUGGACAAAAGUGAGUGAAAUUAUUCCCUAAUUUCACUCAUGACCAUUUCUUUGCACAUACAUGUACAAGUUCUAUGGUAUGGAAUCUUUUUCUGUAACAAAAUUUCUUUUAAUGGUUAUCUUAUAUGAAUAAAUAGAUAUUAAAGAGCUUGAGUGAGGCCCAUGUACUGGCCUGUGCUAACUCUGUUGCUUGAAAUGCUUUACAGUUCUUUGUGGGAACCAAAAAAUCUCAAAUGUAUAUGUUCAGCUACACCCAAUUUGAAGCGUCAAGAUCUGCAUCUGCCAAGACAAAGCCUGUUGGAAUCAGCCCUGUUAGAGUCAAGACUUGUCACUACUCACCAGUCAAUGACGUCAUAUUUCCCUCGUAAGUGCAAGAUGUGUCAGUCAGUUCAGAAUGUAUUAUAGAACUGAAUGCUGGUAAUCACAUGCAAGAGAGGUUGAGCUAAUAGCGGAUCCCUGUGCACCAUGAUAAUCAUUUGAAAUCUAUUUAAACUUCGCGGGCGUGCGGCAAAGGUUAUUUUUAUCUGCUGUUUUCGUGACCCGCGUGACCUACUUUCAGGUGAACGUGACAUGAAAUGAAUUUCCCGCCAAGUUUAAAAUUGCAUGACACCACUCUAACCGACCAAUAGGAAAGGGUCCUUGAGGUAGCUCGACUGGAUUUUUUGGGUUUGAUACCUCCCCAGUUUGAGCAUUAACUACGUCGGCAUGGGUAAAGAUAUGGAAAAAAGGUUACCACAGCUGUAUUACAUAAAGAUGAAAAUUUCUUAUGAUCUGGGUUUUAUUGCAAUUGGAGUCGCCAUGGUAACGUAAUGACGCCAUAACGUUUUUCAUUUAUCUUUGUGUUUCUCUGUACCAGGAGUCUUUUUGAAGAAAUCGCUUAAGGGAGUAUGUACCUGCCAUAAUUGCCUCCAUUAUGGCAAAGUUUGAUCAAAUUCUAUGAGAGCGUUUUCGAAAUAUUUUGAAAUGCAGUUUUAAGAAUCAUAAAAACAGUGAAAUAGCAUGCUAGCCACACAAUUCGCUUAUAUUUUAAGAAAAUUAUAAGCUUUGAGAACGCGGCUUCAUCUCAUAGUGGUUUGAUUCCGUUGAAAACUUCAUACAAAAAAGAGGGAAAUUGCUCUGGGCGAUCGCGAGAAAGAAGAAUUUUAUCAGCUUGCAUUCAGCUGCUUUUGAUACAGUUUUAGGACGUAAUUUGGUCCAUGCCUAAAAAUUUCGCAUUUUUCCUAAAACCGCUCGAUAAAUUUUUUUAUAAAUUUGACAAUCCCGAUAUCAAUCGUCAAGAAAUAUUCCCUGCAAGUUUCAAGAACAUUGAAAACAGGGCAGCUUUAGAAUAGGGCCUCAAAUAUAUUAAUAACCAAUUUUCCCCCCAGAUUUUGUGUUUACAAGUGAGCGUCCUCAUUAUUCACUGGCAUUGUUUUCAGGUUUCAUAUACACGUGCACAUUUAGCAAAAACAUGGAAUUUGCAUCAAAAAGGACCCUCGGUUAAAUCUCUCUUAAAAUAACCACGCAGUAUGAAACAAAACCAAGAAGAGAGUUCAUAUAAUUUUCAUCGAAAGAGGGUCAUGUAUGGGGGAGUCGAUCUCUUAGCUCAUUCUCUCUUGUCGCAUGAUAAAACAACCAACUACGUUUACUAAAGUUCCCGCUCGGUCAGCGGUCAGCGAUGAUGAUGGCCGCGUUUUUUGAAGCUGGAUAGUUUGCGUUAUUUGUUCCUUUUUUGUGUCUUUAAAUACUGUAGUUUUUUUUUCGUGUAAGAGUUCCUGUGUAAGAGUUCCUGUUGUCUUUUAUUUGAAUAUGUCAAAGAAAGGAAAGAAGCAAGACUUGUUGACAGUAGGGAGUUUAAGAUAGGUCACUACGAUAUCCUGGGACGGUUAGAUAGAUGUUACGUAACGCAAAACACGCGUGACCUUUUACCGUCGUCCUUCUGGGACGGUAUGUUUUCGCCGGGUUUCUCGUCGUGAAGAUAACGGUGAAACCGAUAAGAGUUCAUGCAUAAUUAUUGUCACUUUUCUUCUAAAACUGAUUAGCCAAUGGGUUAAAUAUGCGUUGGCUUGUGUUUACGUUGAUUUACUUAUCGGUGAAAUGAAAAAAAAAAGCGAAAAUGUCUGAGUUCAUUCAUAACUUAGCUCGCGGCCGCAUGGCGACUGCUUGUUUUCUACCUAGUGUCGUCCGCCAUGGCAGAGGAAAAUUGCCGAAAAGAAAGGUAAGGCCCAGUUCAAACGUUGACCUUUUCAUGUACCGAACUUAAUACCUAUUUAGGUCGACCCAAAUGGUUCGAGGUUGAUUGAGGCGUGGAACUUAAAGUGUAGUCGAACUCGAUUCAUUUUCACGAUGUUUAGUGGUCUAGAAUGCUUUAAACAAGUGAAAAGAAACUGCAAUUCAAAUUUAUAACGCAUUAAUUAUGCCUCAUUUUGAUUACUGCAGCCCCGUCUGGGACUGUUUGAGUGGUUACUUGAGUGAUAAGCUCCAAAAAUUACCGAAUCGUGCAGCCAGAGUUAUUACUAAAUCACCCUUUGAUGCGAGCUCAAACCACCUUCUGUCCACCCUCAGCUGGGAGAGGCUAUAUCUCUUCGACGAAAGAAACAAAAAGCCUUAAUGAUGUAUAAAACCAUGAAUGACCUUGCUCCGGAAUAUCUACAAAGUCUUUUGUCUCAGCGUCACUCUGCUUACAACUUAAGAAACUCUUCAAGAAAAGAUUUCUUUAACUCAAAAGGUGUUGGCUUAGGAAAGGAAAGUUCAAAUAAAAACGUCGACUACAGUUUUGAAAACUAGCUAGCGUUAAUUUGUACCCUUAUUCUUCUGAUUGGUAUUCUUCGUAUAAAAUAAGAAACUCUUCUUCAGCCUUCUGCGAAAGAAAUCACAAGCGAGUUUCGCACAUGACUUCACCGUCCUCUGUUUUGUUGUCCGAUCUUAAAUUGAAAAUUUUCGCGGCUUCUUACCGUCAUGGCCCCAGGCCGCCCGUAUACGCAUCCAACCGUCCCAGCCUACCAUAGUGACCUAUCUUAAAGUCCCUAACCUCUCGACCACGGCCAGUUUUUUUUUCAGCGACUGAUGAAAAAGUCAAUAAUGGUCACGAGUUGAUCCGUAUGGCACGUUUAUUAUCAAUCGUGGCAAUCGUCUUUUGAUUUUGUUUCAUUUAGAGCCGCAAAAUUGUCUACGAUACUUAAAGCGAAUGUUGCGAACCUUGCUCGUUUUGUCACGUUAACAUUUUGAUUCACGACAUAAUUCAAGCUUUUUGUGUAUUUUAUCUCUAUACAUUGUAUAUGAUUGGAUUACCAUGAUUAUGAGAUACAGUAAGGAUGAACUUAGCGCAAAAAUUGCCUUAUUAUGUAAACACCAAUAAAAUACCAGGUGAGCUUUCGCGCGAAAACUUGAUACCUUCGCAUGUGAAAAUAUCACCGUUGCUAUGGCUACAUAAUAAAUCGCGCCUUUCACACCAAAAAACUAUUAAAGUGAAAUGGUUUGGUAUUUCAUUGGUGUUGAUGUAAUAAAUAGAACAUUACAUGGCCGCUUGGAGAUACGAAAUUUCUCUUCUCGUGUUGAAAAAAUAUUUCACGAGUGAGCGCAGCGAACGAGUGAAAUAUUUUUGAACACUCGAAGAGAAAUUUCGUAUCUCCGCGCGGCCAUGUAAUAUCCUCUAUAUAUAACACCCCAACCUCCCCACAACGGCCACUUUGAUUUCUUCUGUCCCUAAGAUGGCCGUUAUGAGAGGUUCGACUGUGAUAAUAAUAACGCCUGUUAUGCAUGCUAGUUAGCCCAAACCUACGGUGUCAUUUACUUGUUUUUGCUUUAAAAACGGUUUCAUGAACAAAACGGAUUUUAUUUUAAAAAACUCACAGUAUGAUCCUUGAAAUUUUACUACAGUAAUAGUACAUGUAAAUGGUUAAGUAACAGACCACACUUUCUAUGAGUUUACCAGCGUAAUAACCCACGCGGGAUGUUGGGAGAACACGAGAAAAGCUUGUAAAUCACGAGCCGAAAGCUAGUGAUUUUCAAGCUUUUCCCUCGCGCGCGCCCGUUCUUUCUUGCUCCUAUUUAUUUCCUAGCGCCUGCUACGCACGCUGUCUAUGAGUUUACUGGCACAAUAAACCAUAGGUUUUAAACCAAUCAGAACGCGCGUACUAUCUUAGCUAUUUUAUAAUCCUAUUUAUACUGACACUACUUUUACUUUUUCUGAUCUGUCUUCUUCCGUUUCAAGUUUACCCUGUAGAACUUAUAUAAAAUAAUAAGUAACAUGGUAGCACAUACAUUGAUUGAAGUGUUUUCAAUUUGUUUGUAGUGACUGUUCCGACUUAUUUCUUACUUGUGCAAAGAGUGAAAUCCGUAUUUGGUCCACCAAGACAAACCAGGAGAUUGUGCGAAUCACUGUACCUAAUAUGACUUGCAAUGCUCUUGCUAUAAUGCAAGGUGGUCAUGUCAUCAUAAGUGGUAAGAAUUAAAUAAUGAUUCUUGACAUAAGGCCCUUAGAUUGGAGCAAAUGCAGACGUUUUAUCAAAAUUCACUGGCAAAAUUUUACAAUGACUUUAUUUGUAGUUCAAUAUUUACCUAUCGUCGUAUAUGCACUUAGUAUUUCAUUUGUUUAUGUUUCCUUCAGCUUAUUUACAGUGAGACUACUUGAACUCGGGCACUUGGAAAAACGUUAUCCAAUCAAAACAAAAGAUUUUCAAGUUUUUUUGCAAACAGACCGAUAGCAUUCGUAAAUUCGAGGGCUGUUUCCUGAGAGGUCAGGUAAGCUCAAACGGUUUUAAAGUUUUCAACGGUUGCAUAGUAGAAUACUUGAAUUUCCGUUUGCAAAAAACUUGAGAAAAACGUUUUGACUAGUUAAUCUUCCAGGUGCCCUGGUUCAAGCCGACUUGUAAUAGCCCCUCUCUUAAGCUGGUUGCCGGGCAAUCUUCAAAGAAUUUUGUCGUAAGUAAACUAGUCUUAAGAUCGGAAACAGUGGCUGCAGGGAAACCGAGCUCUCUGUUCUGAGCAAUAAUCGGUGUAGCCUGCGUGAGCAGACGCUUUUUUUGACGACAACUGGGAAUACGGCUUCGUUCGCAGGGUACGAUCGGUCAACCUUGUUGGAGAUAGAACCUGGGAACGAUGUUGACGGUCGGUGUGAUUAAAGGAGUUUCCACUAAGAUUCGGGAAUAAUAAUAAUAAUAAUAAUAAUAAUAAUAAUAACAAUAAUAAUAAUAAUAAUAAUAAUAACAACAACAACAACAACAACAAUAAUAACUGAAUAGAAUGAAAAAGAUCUAGUGUCCACCCUUCAUCCCCCACCCCCAAGUACUGAUUAAGUUAUACUCUCAGGUUGGAAUGACGGUAAAAUACGCGGGUUCACACCAGAAUCUGGCAAAUUGCUGUAUGAGAUAGACAAUGCCCAUAACAAGGGUGUCACAGCUGUAGCAACCACUUUUUCACGGGACGAGGUCAUCAGUGGGGGAGGAGAGGGAGAAGUCCGACUCUGGUCAAUUGGAGAACGUACGUGCAAAUUAAAGGACGCCAUGAAAGAGCAGCAUAAAGGUAAAAACGACUUUCUUUGCAAAGUCAAUUCUUUUCGUUUUUUCCCAAUUUAUCCUUAAUAAAUUUUUUAGCUUGACGUUACCUCUAUAACCUCCUUGACAAUUUGGAGCGACUGGGACGGCUCUACGGUCAUUUCGCCCCGGAUACUUAGCCCCCUAAGUAACCUUUGACAUCGCUUAAAGAACAAAAUAUGUUGAAUAUUCAUGACUCAAAAAUAGGGGGCUAACUAACCGGGGCGAAAAGACCAAUUAUCCUGGGAAGAUCCAUGCGAUUGUAUGGAAACCUACCUAUCCGUCAUGUAUUUGUAUAGUAAUUUCUAUUCAGUUACUUGUUUAUCUCCCCAACCGUUUCAUUUACCAGUUGUUCAAAUGGUCCAGUGGAUAAUGUAAUUGAUUUCACUCACCCACCGAUCUAAUGAAUUUAUUCGGUUGAAAGUGCAGUCUAACUUUUGAACAGCUAGUAUUUGAUCGUCUCGCUUAGCAACAACAACAACAACAAAGCUGUUCGAUCGUUUGAAUUGUUUGAAAAUAUUUUGUGAUGAUUAAAGCAGUAAAGAAUUCUUCUCUCGGUCGAAACGAUUUUUUCAUACAACAACGUACACAAGGACAGACCUCGAGUUUUCAAGACUCCACUAAGUAUGCAAUAGACGGAUAGUAAAACGCACAAAAUUAAGAUAUAGACUUUUUCAUGUAGACAGAAUCCUAUGGCUGCAAAUAUUUGUACACCAUUUUUAUACAGUCGACUCUCUCUUAAAGGACACCUCUAUAAGACGGACACCUCCCUAAAACGGACUCCUAGAGUUGGUCCCUGCCUUUCUUUACUCCCUUUAUUUGACUCUCUAUAAGACGGACAUCUCUCUAAAACGGACACUUACUGCCGGUCCCAAAGGUGUCCGUCUUAGAGGGAAUUGACUGUAUACUCGAUUAAAGCUGAAAUGAAUCUCAUAUUGAUUACCAGUUCGUAUGGAUAGGUUACAACAUAUUCACGAAUCAUACUGCAGCUUCAUUCAAAGAGUUAGAAAAAUGAUCAAGGUGCAGCGUAUUUACCUUGAACCACACCCAUACACUCUAUGCGAAUUGAAGCUGUGCUGCCGGCGGGCUGCUGUCUAACAUUCAGCCUAUUGUAGGUUUUCUCUUGCUGAGAGAAAACACUAAUUAAAUUAUAAUCUUAUAAAUGCUUGCACAACGGGCAAGUCUUCAUCUAAGUUGUAAGUUAACAUUUUGCCAACUUUUUUUUACAACUUCUUAUUCAGGUGAAGUUACUGCAAUUAAAGUUCGUAAGAAUGACAGUGAGGUAUCUCGUCAUUAUGAUUUAUAACUCUAUAUUCAUGUAGGUUUACAGUGCGACUACUAUAAUCGGGGCCAUCUACUAGACAACGUUGACCAAUUGGAUUACAGGAAUCAAUCAAUCAAUCAAUCAACAACUUUAUUUAAGUGUCUAGUCUUCUAGCUUGCCGUCAGGCCUACUAAUCGGGGACUCUACUUAAAUAACUUAUUAAUAAGAAAUAUAUAUACAUAAUACUAUAAGGCAAUAAGAUUUAACUAUUCUAAAAACUACUUAAAAGAUACACGAUAUUCAAUAUGCUUCGAAAAUACACAUAUGUAAUAAAUAAGAAAAAACUAUAUAUACAAUUUCGUAAUAUAUCAACUCUACCAGUUAUGAUAUUUCCUGUUUAUGAAUUAUGAGUCACACAGGUGGCACCCUUUGCAUGCGUUAUCACUAACCAAUUUGCUCAGAUCUUUUCUCCUUAUAUUUGGUUUAAACCUGCUUAAGGAGGUCUCGUUUCUGCCCUUCAUACUCAAUUUUGACCAUAAAAAUGGCCCAAAAAAUCUGAGGGAAUGCUUUCCAUAUUUAACAGUUUUUACCCUUUGAACGUGAAAGUCCGAGUUCCUCAGGUUGUAAUUCGAAGACGAUGACGAGAAGAGUUCUAGUAUGUUGUAAGGCAGUAAUCUAUUCCUUAUUUUGAACAUAAAGAUAGCGAUAUCUUGUAAUCUCAUGUUAUAUAGACUAGUCAUUCCAGCGUGUGUAAGAAGGUCACCAUAAGGAGAGACUCGAUCUUUGAAGACUGUACGUAGUCCUCUCUCAUUAAUUCUCUCUAGCUUGUUUCUGUCGCUUGCUCGACAAAAGUGCCACACCAAGCUACAGUAUGUGAGAUGGGGUAAAACUGCAGUUUUAUAUAUCCGUAGUUUGGCGUUCAUCGGGAUCAGAUUCUUUAGCGUUUGAAGAACACCAAUCAUUUUACUGGUUUUUAUGCAGACCUCUGAUAUAUGCUGCGAGAAAUUCAAGUCCUUAUCAAUAAUUAUGCCUAGCAGUUUGAAUGCAUCGGUAAAUUAAUUCAAUCACUAGCUGCAUUUGUUGUGUGUCCCUUGCUAUAGCCAUUGCUUGGUAUUUGCUAUAAUUGCCUUGCAGAAAAUUUGUCUUAUACCACCUCGAUGUCUCUUCCCCAUCUUCCUUAAUUCUAUCUAUAGCAAAGUGCAGAUUCAAAUUGGAGCAGUAGAUCUGAUGGUCAUCGGCAUAGGCAGACAACUGAGAUUUAACGCCAGUGUAGAAUAAAUCGUUUUGAUACACGUUCCACAACAGCGGUCCUAAGGAUGACCCUUGCGGGCAGCCUCGUUUGACAGCUUUCCAAUCACUUGUGUAGUUGCCAACUCUUGUUCUGUUUUCCCGAUCAUCAAAAUAAGAUCGCAUUAAUCCCAAAGCGGGGUCAGACAGCCCAUAGGCUUUUAACUUUGCCAGUAACAAAUUUGGAUGUAAUGAGUCAAAAGCUUUGCUCAUGUCCGUGGAUAAUAUCACUGAUGCAUGCUCUUUGUCUGCUGCAUGCUUCCAAUCUUCAGUAAGGCGUAUCAAGGUCGUUUCGCAGCUGAAGUGUUUGCGGUAAGCUGACAAAAAGGUAAAAAUAACACAUUUUGAGAAAGUUUGUUGUCGGUCAUUAAUAUCAUGAAACGGAAUCAAUAACAUGGAUCGAAAUCAACCUAUUACAGGCUACAGAUGUGAUCUUCUGAACAUGUUGAAGAAAACCUAUGUUUCCUGAAAGGUCCGUGAGUGUGUCGACGGAGGCAAAAAAUGUAAAGUUUAGUCAUAUUUUUGACUUGAGAUCGCUUGUUACUUAACAAUUAGUUCAUGGGUCAGCGUGCGUUACAGUGUCGAGAUAUUGAGCACGCGGGAAGUUUGGAGAGUACGAAAGAGGCGUAAGAGUUGCUAGAGGCGCAGCCGAGAGAAACUGUAGCCUCUUGAUAUCUCGACAUACGCACAUGAUAUCUCCUCUCAAUGUCUCGACAUACACUCAGUGGAAGCAUGAACUAAUUGUUUUAUAACAUUAUCAAAGCUAUCAAUGCAGCAGUUACCUUAAAGCAGUACACGUCAAUGUCUACGUGAUAUACUUGUUUACUUCACAGUUAUGGUUUUGUCUUGAAACUGCGAGUGAAAGUUUAAUCAAGUCUCUCAAGAUAACGGCUAAAAAGAUUGUAAAUCCAUAUUGAGGUGUCGGAAAACUAUUACUUCACCGAAAAAAUCUUUUUGAAAUAAAUAACUUUGCAAAUAAUGAUUUGAACACGCCAUAGCCCGCACAACUCGCGCAGAUGACAACAACAACAACACUCACCUCUUUUCCCUACAAUCAGUUCCCAAAUUCAAAAGUAUUCUCUUAAAUUUAAGUUAUAAAACACAUGGUUAACGCUUCAUCAUGUACUGUUGAGUUAUGAAUGCACUUGGGAGACGUCUUGGGAGGAUUGCUAAGCCCACAAGUACUCGAGGUAUAGUUUAUUGACGUCAUAAGCGUGCUCAAUGGGAAUUAGAAGCACGCUCGCGCUAUUGAAUUUGAGUAGGCGAAUAUUCUAGCUAUUGUAUAAUGCAAAAUGCGGCAAUGGUAGCGUAGAAAUUGCUGGUACAUGUAGAUGACGAAAUAACAGCUUGUGUCAAGCAAAUAUAUCUCCUGGGUGUUAUAUGUAAAGUUUCCAAUAGAAACACAUUGUCUGGUGAAACAUUUUGCUUUCUUAACGAGUACCUUAAUGUUGUUUUCGUACGAGCUCCUGGUUGGCCCACAACCAACUUUCUCGGAACUUAUUGUUAUUUUCCUGUAAUUUGUUUGUCUACGUGGCCCCGGUUACAGUAGUCGCACUGUAACUUGAUUUAUUCCACCCUUUAUGUAAUCCAAUCUAGUUUACUUUGGUUGCAUUCCUUUUGACCAAUCAAAAUCCGGCUUUUGCGAUCCAAAAUUUGAUUUUUUGUUUCAUUAACGACUAAACCAAUCUAAGAUUACAAUCUGAACGAUCUACCUCCGCACUUGAAUCGUUCAGAUUUCCUAGUUCCAGAUUUUUAUUCCAUUUAACGAAACUGCUUUUCGAUUGCAGGGUAGUGCUCGUUCAUCGCGGAUAAACACGGGGAGUCAAGGUUAUUUUGGGCAAAAGUUUUUUACACUCCUCCUUUGUUCUAUGCCGCCAAAGGAUUAUAGUAUAUUAAACGCAAGUUCCCCUGUAACUCCAAAUCCAUAAGGAAGCGGAAACGCUGGCAUUUUCUCACCGUAAAACUAUAGUUUCCAAUGUGUGUGUGUGUGUGUUUGGAACGCUCUUCUCAGCUCUUGAGAAUUCGUAAUUGUCCUCUGAAUUUUCCGUCUUGAAUCAAAUUCCAGAUAAUUUUAAGUUGACGAGUCCCAGUAUGAACCACCACUAGUUAAAGAGCUAUCUUUCUUUUCAUUUCUCCUCGAGAAGACGCUUAAUUUAGCAAACGAUGUGUUGAAAUUGAGAAGAAGAUCAGACCAGUAGGCAGCUAUUGUAUUGAUCAAUCUUAUUCCAGAUUUUUGUUUCGGCUUCGAUCCAAACAAUCUGGAUUGUCUAAAUCGGAAAAAAGUCUGGCUUAAAGGAAUGCAACCUUUAUUUCACGAGUUAUUAGGUGGAUUUCAUGUGAACAAUUUCCUUAGCUAGGGGUACAUUCCACGUUACAUGUAAGUGAAUCAUUUCUUAUAUCUUAGUGAUUCUUGUGCUCGCGCACAGAGGAAAAAAAAAAGUAAAAUAGAGACAUCACACCACAACAGGUUCUUGUGUGUAUGGACAUUGCUGUUAACCAUGCUUUUGCACUGCGCGUGAAAUUGCCGAUUAAACUCGUCUCUGAACAUAUCGUCCGUGCUAUCCAAACAAUCUGGAUUGUCUAAAUCGGAAAAAAGUCUGGCUUAAAGGAAUGCAACCUUUAUUUCACGAGUUAUUAGGUGGAUUUCAUGUGAACAAUUUCCUUAGCUAGGGUUGAACCAGUCCACUUCUGUUCCGUAUUAAAAUUUUGUCUGCAGUUUUGGGAAGACUAUAAUUGAACCAUUCGGAAAAGUCUGUGUAACACAAAGAUCACUGCUUUGCUGCUGUGAGUCACUUUAACUCUUAUCUGCCCUUUCCUUAACAGUGCGUAUCAGCUAGCAAAGACGGCACCUGCAUUGUGUGGGACUUAGAGUGAGUAAUGUUUUCUUUCUUAGCUCGUCACUUUAACAGGGGGUAUUUACACGAGACCGGGACGAACUCAGACAGGUAUGAGUUCGUAUCGGUCUCCAUACAUUUCUUUUCAUGCGUUUACAUGGGACCGGCCUAAAAAUGAACUCAGAUCGGUCUGACUUCGUCUCGGUCACUGACCCGACACGAGUUACUUUCGUACCGGUCUAGCAAAACUAGAACACUGCUACGACUAACAUCAGUAAACAAGACUUAGAAGUAGCUUCAAUGCUUGGAUUAAUAUGAGGGAUUGCACCAUUCCGAGAUGCUGUGCAGUAAAUAGUAACAGGUCACCAGAUGAGCGUUAGAGAAAGCUUAUAAUUUUCUGGAAGCAGUAAAGACUUUGGUUUUCUACUCACUGUCUACUGGCACAAAUUGACUACCCGUUAGGACAGAUAGUGAAUAAUAUGUUAAAUCUGAGUCGACUUGUGAAAGUCAUAUAGCUCCUGUUUUUGAUUUUGUACCGGUCUUAUGUAAUCGACAAAGUAUUUCAUCCCAGUCUCGUGUAAACGGCUGCACAAAUUACAAAUUUGUACCGGUCUGAGUUCGUCUCGAUCUUAUGUAAAUACCCCCUUAGUUUUGGUGCAUUCUUCAUAUCAAAAGCAGCGUUAUUGUUGAAAAUUCAUUUAGGGUGGUUCUACCCUGAGAUCAUCACCCCAACCCUCCGCUAUACCUUUUUUGAAAUUUUGUCGAAUAUUCGGGGUCCAUCUUGACUUGUUAGUGCUUAAUGACACAUGAACUGUGAGUUGGUUCCAGCAAUUCUUAAAAAUCUGCUGACGUUGACGCUUGAAUGUUUGUAGGACAAUGGUAAGGAGAACAAUCGUAUUUGCUAACACGAUGUUCAAAGCCAUCUGUUAUAGCCCGGAUGAAUCACAGAUCAUCACCGCUGGCACAGAUCGGAAGGUGAGUGUUUUUUAGUUAUCAAAGAACGAGGCACUGGGUGAUCAAGGAUAAUUUUAUGGCUCUGGGGUCCGUUUAAAAAGUCCCGGCAACCUUUUGGGCGUGAAAGCCAUAUUUUAAAGAAUGAUAGUGCAGAUUUUAGCUCCCUAACUAGUCCAUUUUGUUUCUUUAUCAGUUGAUCGUAUUGUAUCGUUUUGAAAUCUAUAAAACCGCGAUCUUGAACUAAAACACAGGCUUCCAGUCCUUUUAAUUACCGGUACCUUCGAGAAAUGGGUCCCCUGGUUCGCGCCAUUGUUGUUGCAGCUCGUGUUGCACGUAAGUUCUUCUGUUCGUCGUCUCAUUUUUUCAUAUUCUCCCUCGCAGCCGUUUUUGUCUCGUCACGUAACGCUCCUUCCCAAAGGAGCGUUACGUUACUUUUGUCAUUCCUUCCCCCCACCGACACAUCACAGAACGUUCUGUCAGCGAAAGUUAGAAAAGUUUCUUUGACUUUUUCCGCUCUUGGCACUUUUUGAUGAUCACAUGACCUUUCCUAUGUUUUUUUUAUUGGUAAAAUGUGUUCUUCAUGGAUUCUUGAUGUAACCUAAGUACAAGCUUCCUUUUGGAAAUCGCAGGGGUCAAAGGUCACGCACGAUUGAUUCGCACAAGAUUACAGUCGUGACCCAUCGCCUUUCGCGAUUUCCUAUUGGAGAAUAUCCUUGAUCCAGGCUACUCCUUUUUUUGUGACACUUAAAUUAAGGUGUAAUCAUCACUCCUACUGGUUUAUCCCAGACUUAAUCAAACUGUACUUCCCCUGUAGAAUUUUUUUGACAGUUUUUUGGUUUGAGUCGUCUCUUGUUAUUGUAGCUCAUGUUUUACUUACACACGUAUAUUCGUGCUUCUUUGCGAAAAGGGGAAGCCGCCGAGGUGGAUCUAUACUGCAGGUCCUGUAGCCUGAAUUUCAGACGAUUACUUCGAGUCCUUUUCUCCUCUCAGCAACUUCUGAAUCGACCGACCAACCGACCUACCCGAAAACCGGGUAGUGAUUUUGAUUGGUUGAUUGUCCAAUCAUUCGCAUAAUUAUGUAUAAUUAUGAGAAAUUUUAGCGGGAUUGUCGUUUGAUAUUCAGCGGAUCGCAUGUCUGGCAUGGUUGCGUGGAGUUAAAAAAUCUCAACAAUCUUUAUCGUAAACAGCAAAAUUGCCCUUGUCUUCGAAACUAUAAAUUGUUCAAUUGAACUACGGAUGAAGAAUCAUUGCGGAGAGUCGCUAGGUUUUUCAUUUACAGCCGCUUUGUGGUUUUCUGGGAUUUAAGUUAUAAUUCGACCCAACCUCGUUCCCAGGGUUCUCUCCUACCCGCGUUGAAUUCGACCUUCUGGUCAUUUCCACCGUCAAGUGUAAUGAUCUGUUAGCUUUUCUUUCUUGUUUUCU